AACAGCUGCCCAUGAGAAUACCGCCAUGUGUUCAUGAUUGAACAAAGUGUAUUUCAGCAUUGACUUCAAGCAAUGGGGAUGACGAGUUUGCAGGAUGAUGGUGGUACUAAAAUGUGUUACGUGUAUUUUGCUGUUUGCUCUAUUAAUAGUUGCUGACAGCGAUGACUACCAAUGUCGCGGUCUUGAUGAAUACGACGCAUCAAAAUUAGGAACAAUCGAAAGUCCCUUUUUCGGUAAGAGAAACUAUCAUAAUGGAUUGUGGUGUGAAUACAGAAUCAGAGCUCCACAGGGAUAUAGAAUUAAGAUAACCUUCUUAGAGUUCGACAUUGAUCCAUCGAGAGGUUGUUCUCAAGACCAGCUUGUUUUCUUCGGAAAAGACAAGAAGUCAGUAUUGGGCAAUUUCUGUGGAUACGAAUUGCCAAAGCCCAUACUUUCAAAUGUAGGUGAAAAUGAGAUCCGUUCCCUUUUCCGAACAGAUUUCAUGGGAUCAGGAAAAGGAUUUAAAAUUCAAUACGAGUCUUCACCCUACUUCACAAGUGUGUGCGAGGCUGGUGAAACUCAAUGCGUGAACAGAAACUGUUUCACCAAAAAUCAGAAGUGUAAUGGAAUGGAUGACUGCGGUGACGGAACUGACGAAGAAGAUUGCGAUAAAACCAUCAAGGAUUUUCAUAAUUUUUGUUUUUUUUGUUUUCUUGUAAUAACUCAUAUUUUAUGUAACUUUAAUUUUAGAUAUCCUCAUCCCGGUAAUAUCAAGAUUCAUUUAGGUGCUCACGGAAAAUUCAACAAAACUCAAUACGAACAAAUAAGGAGAAGUAAAAUAAUCAUUUCGUAUCCAGAUUUACAAGGAAAUAAUAUCAAAAGAUACAACAUAAGAGAUGAUAUCUCCCUCAUCAAACUGAAUGCCCCCGUCAAGUUCAAUGCGGGUGUGCAACCAGCAUGUUUGCCGAGUCUUGGUUGGACGGCUAAUCCUGGCUGGCACUGUUACGUCACUGGAUGGGGGGAAACUAGAGGAUCAGGAGGAUCAGAUGUACUGAAACAGCAAGAACAAGUUGUACAAUCUCGCCAGAAGUGCGCUUUUAAUAUUCAAACACAAAUUUGUGUAGAACAAAAAAAACAAAUCUCCAUGCCACACAUAACGACGUGUGUCAUUCGCCAGGAAUUGGUCGGUAGAGUGUUUUUAUCUGAUAGUGUUCACAGACAUGUGUUUCUUCUUCAGUCUCACUUUCUAACUGCGGCAAGUCAGUCUAUAGGUGGCGCUACAACACAGGAGUGGUUGCAAGUGCUGCCGCCACAGAAGCAAACACAAACAAGCAGAGACGCGGCGCGUUCGUAUUACAUGUUUGAACAAGUUGCCGACAAGUGUGGUGACAGUGGUGGCCCAUUGCACUGUAAACUUGGAGAUAAAUGGUUCGUUUACGGAGCUGCCAGCUUUGUCACCACCUCCAACUAUAUGGGUGGCCUAUGCACAGGACCUGGAGCUCGGACUGUCUAUGCAAGUUCAGCUGACAAAGCUGAUUGGAUCAAAACCAUUAUUAAUAAAUACGGUUAAAUUUUUCGUGCAUAAAGUGUUUACAUAA